AAGUAAAAAAGGAAUUUUAAAGGCGGAGAACUAAAACGACAGUAGAGGGAGAGGAGCAAGAAAGGAAAAUGCAUCCUCGGCUAACUCCCCUCCUCCGCCAUCUCCACCACCGCAACAACCCACCAUCCAUCGUAUCCCUCCUCCAACUCCGCCCCAAAUCCACUCUCUCUCCUCCACAACCUCAAUCGCAAACCCUAGAUUCUCUCCGGCGACGCCUAGCCGACGAAUCCCCUAACCUAGGCGAGUUCAUCCAAUUGCAGCGAAAUGAAGAGUACUCCGUCGAAGUUGGAACAAAGAAGAACCCUCUUCCGAAACCUAAUUGGAUGAAGGAAUCGAUUCCUGGAGGCGAGAAGUAUACGAAGAUUAAGAAGAAAUUGAGGGAAUUGAAAUUGCAUACUGUUUGUGAAGAAGCUCGUUGCCCAAAUUUAGGGGAAUGUUGGUCUGGUGGUGAAACUGGCACUGCUACUGCUACUAUUAUGAUCUUGGGUGAUACGUGUACUCGCGGUUGCAGGUUCUGUAAUGUAAAGACAUCCAGAACUCCUCCCCCACCAGAUCCAAAUGAACCAACCAAUGUUGCUGAGGCUAUUGCAUCCUGGGGUCUUGAUUAUGUAGUAAUUACAAGUGUUGACCGAGAUGAUUUACCUGAUCAGGGUAGUGGUCACUUUGCUGAAACUGUGCAGAAAUUGAAGACUUUAAAGCCAACCAUGCUGAUAGAGGCUCUUGUUCCGGAUUUCCGUGGAGACCCUGCAUGUGUUGAGAAAGUUUCUGUAUCUGGGUUAGAUGUGUUUGCUCACAAUAUUGAAACAGUUGAAGAACUUCAGAGUGUUGUCAGAGAUCGGCGUGCUAACUUUAAGCAAUCUAUAGAUGUUCUAAAGUUGGCUAAAGAAUACGCCCCUUCUGGUACCCUAACCAAGACUUCCAUAAUGUUAGGUUGUGGUGAAACACCUGACCAGGUGGUGAGUACUAUGGAAAAGGUGAGAGCCGCUGGUGUUGACGUUAUGACAUUCGGUCAGUACAUGAGACCUACAAAGCGCCACAUGCAAGUGUCCGAAUAUAUAACUCCAGAGGCUUUUGAGAAGUACAGAGUUCUUGGAAUGGAAAUGGGAUUUCGCUACGUGGCUUCUGGUCCGAUGGUGCGAUCUUCAUACAAAGCUGGUGAGUUCUACAUCAAAUCAAUGAUAGAUAGAGAUAGAGCAAGCUCAUCUUCUGCUGCAUCAAGUUCCUGAAUCUUUGGAGGUUGAACUAUACCAUGAUUCAAUGACAAUUAAAUUUUUGCACUUUGCAUUUGUCUUUGUAUAUUAACCAAUGUGAUUAUUAUUAUUGUACCCUGAUGAAUAUUAUCCCAAAGAUCUAACCUCAUAAGUCAUACACGGGACUCUUUUUUCUCCCUUCUUUUCAGGUCUCUUCAAUAAAUUGUUUGCCUCGACUCUUUCUUUC